AUGACUACUGAUGACUUGAUUUGCAUGGUGUUUUUAGGCGAGAAUGCCAUAUUUAUGAAGCUAAGGUCGACAGCAAGCUUUUAUGAACUGAAAUAUGGUGUGGCUGAAAGAUUGAAAGUACUUGAAGAAUCUUUUUCCUUGAUAUAUAAAUCUGAGAGGCACCCCAACCUGAAUUUUUUAGUUGAGAACGAAGAUGACCUGAAGUGCAUGUUAGAGCACAAUCGAAAGAUUGGUUGUACGGAGAUUCAUAUGCAGGUUGCUGUUAACAUAGAGUGUUCCACGCCAGGGAAGAAUCAGAAAGUUUCGAUGCUAUUUUGGGGAAAAAUAGUUGUCAUCGCUGAUGGGGACGCCUCUUUGAGUGCAGAUUAUAGUUGUCCUCCUCCAGGAAAUGCAUCCAAUUCAGAGAGAAUCCAAACCGAUUUUCCAUCUGGUAAGAUUGUAAUGAGGGCUGAUGAUAUUCUCAAUAACACUUCGAGCAUUCCUCAAUGGUGGCACACAGCAUUAACUGAAAAGGGGCAACAAUUUGAAACCGUAACUGAAUUGAGACUAGCUUUGCAAUACUAUUCCAUGGCCAAAAAAUUUGAAUAUGAAUUUGUAAAGAAUGAUCCCAAACAUAUCCGCGUUUGUUGUCGAUAUAAGGAGACAUAUGGAUGCCCUUGGAUGCUCUUUGCAGCUCCUGUUAAAAAUGAUAAAAGAAUGGAAAUCAAAAGGUUUGUGAAUGAACACAGUUGCGGACAACAUUCUAACUUGUCAGGGCAAUCACGGGCAUCUCGUAAGUUCAUAGCAGCCCAAUUGCGACCGGUAUUAAAGGCACGACCUGAAAUCCACCCAAUUGAUGUGCAAAAGGACUUCCUCACUCGAUUUGGAUUGAGACUUGAAUACAGUAAGAUAUGGUGGGGCAAAGAAAGAGCACAGCAGGAUAUGUAUGGUGAUAGCUAUGAGGCUUAUGAUCAAUUUAGAUGCCGCUUUAAUGUUAAUAUGUUACCCUUAUGUUCCAAUGUAUUAUAUUUAUUUACAUGUCCAGAAGUGGCAUUGUUGUACAGAUAUGAGCAAAUGGUGAAGCAAAUGAAUCCAGGAAGCUACAUUUGCAUUGACCAGAAUGAAGGAAGGUUCAGAAGACUGUUUAUAUGUUAUGCUGCUUGCAUCCAGGGUUUCUUAAAUGGGUGUAGACCCCUUUUAUUUUUGGAUGGGACCUUUUUGAAAGACAGAUAUAAUGGCAUGCUUCUAAGCACCAUAGCCUCGGAGACCAAGGGAUAUUUCCACUUGCGUAUUGUAUAUGUGAUCAAGAAAAUGUUCAUAAUUGGAGAUGGUUCCUACAAGGCCUGUGGUCCAUACUGUAUGAAAGUUGAAAAUUUUAGAUCAAAGCUCAAGGAUUUGGGAUUGAAGGCAAAGGACACACAGGUUUUUGGGAAUUUGCUCCAAACUGCUUGCUAUAAAUACACUAUAGCGGAAUGGAACGACUACAUGAAGGAAAUCUAUGAGAUGGCUCCAGUCGCAUAUGAGAUUGCUCCAGUCGCAUAUGAGAUUGCAAUUAAUUACUCGCCAGAGCAUUGGGCAAAUGCCUUCUUCCCUGACAUUAGAUAUGGCCAUGUAACCUCUAAUGUCGCAGAAUCCUUUAACAGCUGGAUACGUGAAGCCCGUUUGUUACGUAUCCUGCAAAUGGUGGAGCAUAUCCGAAAACAACUUAUGACUCGCAUGAACAACAGACGGAUAAUGGCGUGUAAGUGGACAAGCUAUCUUUGUCCUAAAGCUGAGCAGAUUGUUAGAGAAAAUAUGGAAAAAGGGCGCACUUUAGAGAUUAGGCAAUCUAGAGAGGAUAUUUUCGAAGUGCAAUCCCAUAGAACCACUCACAUUGAUUUGGAGAAUAGGACAUGCACUUGCCGAGCUUGGGACGUAACCCGUAUUCCUUGUCUCCAUGCUUGUGCAGUCAUUAUUUAUAUGAAAAGAGAUGUAUAUCAAUAUUGUGAUUGGUUCAUGUCCGUAGAAACGUUUAAGAAGAGCUACGACGAAAUACUAUAUCCCAUACCAGACUAUGAGAAGCGGAGUGUGCCCAAGGAUGAAAUCCAGAUUUUGCUACCAAUUACCACUAAGAGGAGGGGAAGAAAUAGAACAAGACGCAUAAACAACAGAACCAUAUACAAAUGGCCCGUCAAAUGUUCUCGGUGCAAAGUUGAAGGUCACAAUAGAGCAACCUACAAUGAGCCCAUCCGUGACUAG